AUGGUCUCUCGGGACCCUGGUCAGGCCUGCGCUCUUCGGUGGCAGAUCCAUGGUCACUGGGGACCCUGCCCAGUCUUGCGUUCUUCAGUCGCAGAUCCAUGGUCUCUCGGGACCCUGCCCAGGCCUGCGCUCUUCGGUCGCAGCUCCAUGGUCUCUCGGGACCUUAUCCAUGCCUGCUCUCGUCAGACGCGUAUCCAUGGUCUCUCGGGACCCUGCCCAGGCCUGCCCUCUUCGGUGGCAGAUCCAUGGUCUCUCGGGACCCUGCCCAGGCCUGGGCUCUUCGGUCGCAGCUCCAUGGUCUCUCAGGGACCUUACCCAGGCCUGCGCUCUUCAGGCGCGUAUCCAUGGUCUCUCGGGUCCCUGCCCAGACCUGCGCUCUUCGGUGGCAGAUCCAUGGUCUCUCGGGACCCUGCCCAGGCUUGCGUUCUUCGGUCGCAGAUCCAUAGUCUCUCAGGACCCUGCCCAGGCUUGCGUUCUUCGGUCACAGAUCCAUGGUCUCUCGGGACGGACAGAUGCCAGUAA